UGGGCGGUAAAGAGCGGGCAGGCGGAAGAGGCCCGCCCCACCUCGCUCGGCAUGGCGGCGGCGAGCGAUAACGGAGGCGGCAGCGGCAGGUCCUGCUUCGUGCUGGGCGCCUCCGGGGAGACGGGCCGGGUGCUGCUGCGGGAGCUGCUGGCCCGGCAGCUCUUUGCCAGGGUGACGCUGAUCGGGCGGCGCUGGCUGAGCCUGGGCGAGGAGACCGGCGCGGCCGUGGAGCAGGUUGUGGUGGACUUCGAGCGGCUGAGCGAGCACGCUGCGGCCUUCCGGGGACACGACGUCGGCUUCUGCUGCCUGGGCACCACCAGGGCCAAGGCUGGCGUGGAUGGCUUCAUCCGUGUGGACCGGGACUACGUUGGGCAGGCGGCAGAGCUGGCGCGGGCAGGGGGCUGCAAACACUUCGUCCUGCAGUCCUCCCGGGGGGCAGACCAGCACAGCCGCUUUCUCUAUCUCCGGGUGAAGGGAGAAGUGGAGAACCUGGUCCAAGCUGUUGGUUUUGAUCGCUGUACCAUUCUCCGGCCAGCGGUGCUGCUGUGCAAACGCCAGGAAUCCCGGCCCAUGGAGUGGAUAGUUCAGCAGUUUCUGGGUGUUGUGGCUUGGGUCCUCCCUACUGCUUACUCAGUACCUGUGGAAAUGGUGGCCAGGGCUAUGGUGGCCAGUGUGCUGCAGCCAGGCAAGGGGAAGGUGGAGGUGCUGGAGAAUGGGGACAUCCAUAAGCUGGGAAAGGCAGUGCCACAGCAGGGCACAUAGAGUAAAAGGGAUGGGCAGGAAAGAGCUUGAUUCACUGUUCAGAUGCUCUUCUGGGCCAAGGAUGAGUGCACAUGUGGGAGAGGAGCAGGGUGCUUGCAUGGCCAUCGUGGAGGUAGAGAUGCACUUCUUUGCAUGUCAGCUGGUUCUGUCGACUGAUCAAAAAUGCAUGUGCUGGUUGGUGGGUGACAAGAAACUGUGCUCUUCUGCUGGGAUCCAGCAUGCAAACCUGGGUAAAAAAGGUGCAAUAUGGUCAAAUUUUAUUUAUUAAAUAAAAUCCUGGUGACU